AUGCCCACUCCAUAUUUCACAAAUCACGGAGAAGCUAAGCAAUUCAAGCAGAAGAAGAAGAAGAAGAAGAUGGGUUUGGAGCACUUGAGUCCGAAUGAUACAAAGGGCAAGAUCAUUACUUGCAGAGCGGCGGUUGCUUAUGGGGCUGGAGAACCGUUGGUGAUAGAGCAAGUGAAGGUUCAUCCUCCCCAGAAAAUGGAAGUCCGAAUCAAGAUCCUCUUCACUUCCAUCUGCCACACAGAUCUCACUGCCUGGCUCGGCCACAACGAAGCUCAAAGGGCCUAUCCGAGGAUUUUUGGCCAUGAAGCUUGCGGGAUAGUGGAGAGCGUAGGGGAAGGAGUAAAGGAUGUGAAGGAAGGAGACUAUGUGGUGCCAAUCUUCAACGGCCAGUGUGGCCACUGCAACUUGUGCAAUUCUGACCGUACCAAUAUGUGCCAAAACUUUGGAGUUAACCCCAUGAAGAAACUCAUGGUGGCUGACGGCGCCACCAGGUUCACCACCGUAGACGGCGGCAAACCCAUCUACCAUUUCCUCAACACCUCCACCUUCACCGAGUACACCGUCGUUGACUCGGCUUGUGUCGUCAACCUCAGCGGCGUCGAUAAGCACUGCCUCAAAAACCUCACCUUACUCAGCUGUGGCGUUUCCACCGGGGUGGGAGCAGCAUGGAACACAGCCAAUGUUGAAUCUGAUUCUGCUGUUGCUGUCUUCGGUUUGGGAGCAGUGGGCCUCGCUGUGGCAAAAGGGGCACAAGCAAGAGGGGCAUCCAAAAUAAUCGGCAUAGACACCAACCCCGACAAAUUGAUCAAAGCCCGGGAAAUGGGAGUGACGGAUUUCAUAAAUCCAAGGGAUGAAGAGAAGCCCGUGUACGAGAGAAUAAGAGAAAUGACUGGAGGAGGAGUAGACUAUAGCUUUGAAUGUGUAGGAAAUUCUGAUGUCCUCCGAAAUGCCUUCUUGUCUGUUCAUGAGGGAUGGGGAUUGACAGUGAUAUUGGGAAUUCAUGCAACACCACAAAUGCUUCCAAUUCAUCCAAUGGAGCUGUUUGAUGGUCGCAGAAUUGUUGGUUCAGUCUUUGGAGGCUUCAAAGGGAAGACUCAGCUCCCUCUUUUUGCCAAACAAUGCUUGCAAGGAGUGGUGAAGCUGGACGAGUUCAUUACUCACGAGCUCCCCUUUGAUGACAUUAACAAAGCCUUUGAUCUUUUGGUCUCUGGAAAGUCACUGAGAUGUCUCCUACAACUGUGAGAUAUGAUAGUUUGCGAGAGGAAUGGGUCCUUUUACCGUGCGAGGCACUGCUGUGUAUCACUGAAAAAAAUGCAGAAUUUGUACUGCGACAGAUAUUAAAGAAUAAUAGAACUCUGCACUUGAAUAUUACAUGUAUUCCACUAAGCAGCAUCUCUUCAGAAUUUUGUAUGGCAAGGUUGUUGUGAGUAAUUGUGAUUAUAAUGUUGCCCAUA